GAGGGGCGCUGGGGCGGCGAGUGGAGCUUCGGGAGCCGAGCGGGACGCGACGGCGGUGCCGGGUGCCGGGGCUGGAGCGGGCUCCCGGCCGCAGGGAGCGAGGGACGGCGCGGAGCCGCUGCGGACGGUACAGCAUGUGUGCAGAGCUCACUAACGGAUGUUAAAUAUAUGGAGAUAGGUAUAUCUCAUAGAACUGGAAGGAACCUUGAAAGGUCAUCAAGUCCAGUCCCCUGCCUUCACUAGCAGGACAAAGUACUGAUUUUGUCCUAGAUCCCUAAAUGGCCCCCUCAAGGAUUGAGCUCACAACUUUGAGCAUUGGCCUGCUAAACCCAAACCACUGAACUAUCCCUCCCUCGUGUUCUAUGGCAAGUACAUCAGAAGAAGGUGUAACAGGCUGUAAAAUUCAGCUUGAAUUCUUGGUCUCAGGAGUGCCAGGAAACUCAGAAAAGGAAUUAAUUGGAAGAAUAUUGAUCUAGACUUGAAGAAGUGGAACACAUCAGCAACAUAAUACCAGAUCCUGGUGCUUUUUGAAUCUUUGGAGGAUUGUAUUCUUUAGGAAUUCCUAUUGACAUUUUAACUAUCCCAUUUAGUACAUUUUUAAUCUGUUUGUACAUAAAGAUUAAUCUGGACAACUUGAGUUUUGUUAUUGUUUAAUUACAUUAUUGAAUGUUAAAAUAUUUGCCAAGAUGAGUGCAGAAGGAUACCAGUACAGAGCUUUAUAUGACUACAAAAAAGAGCGAGAAGAAGACAUUGACUUGCACUUAGGGGAUAUAUUAACUGUGAAUAAAGGUACCUUAGUAGCACUUGGAUUUAGUGAAGGGGAAGAAGCGAAGCCUGAGGAAAUUGGUUGGUUGAACGGCUGUAAUGAAACCACAGGGGAGAGGGGGGAUUUUCCAGGAACUUACGUAGAAUAUAUUGGAAGAAAAAAAAUAUCUCCCCCGACUCCGAAGCCUCGUCCUCCUCGACCCCUUCCUGUAGCACCAAGUUCUGCAAAAGUUGAAGCAGACAGUGAGCAGCAAGCUUCUACACUUCCAGAUCUUACAGAGCAAUUUUUGCCUCCUGACGUCGCUCCACCAGUUCUUAUCAAGAUAGUGGAGGCUAUUGAAAAGAAAGGUCUGGAAUGUUCAACUUUGUACAGAACACAAGGGUCAAGCAGUAUUGCAGAAGUAAGACAAAUCCUUGAGUGUGAUGCCUCAUCAAUGGAUUUUGAGCCAAUUGAUGUGCAGAUCUUAUCAGAUGCUCUCAAGAGGUAUCUUCUGGACCUGCCAAAUUCUGUCAUUCCAGCAUCUGUUUACAGUGAAAUGAUUUCAGGAGCUCAAGAAGUGCAGAGCUCGGACGAAUAUGCUCAGUUGCUGAAGAAACUCAUCAGGUCUCCAAAUAUACCUCACCAGUAUUGGCUCACUCUCCAAUAUUUGCUCAGACAUUUCUUCAGACUUUGUCAAACCUCCAGCAAAAAUCUCUUGAAUGCAAGAUCCUUAGCUGAAAUUUUCAGCCCUCUGCUUUUCAAAUUCCAGUUAGGAAGUUCUGAUAAUGCUGAACACCUCGUAAAAAUCCUAGAAGUUUUAAUCACAAGUGAAUGGAAUGAGAGACAGCCUGUACCAGCACUGCCUCCUAAACCACCAAAACCUAAUGCUGUAAUUAACAACGGUAUGAAUAACAACAUGUCUUUACAAGAUGCUGAAUGGUAUUGGGGAGAUAUCUCAAGGGAAGAAGUAAAUGAGAAGCUUCGUGACACUGCUGAUGGUACCUUUUUGGUACGAGAUGCUUCUACCAAAAUGCAUGGAGACUACACGCUUACAUUAAGGAAAGGGGGAAAUAACAAAUUAAUCAAAAUAUUUCACCGAGAUGGGAAAUAUGGCUUUUCCGACCCAUUAACUUUCAACUCUGUGGUUGAGCUAAUAAACCACUACCGGAAUGAGUCUCUAGCCCAGUAUAAUCCUAAACUGGAUGUAAAAUUACUUUAUCCAGUAUCCAAGUACCAGCAGGAUCAAGUUGUAAAAGAGGACAGUAUUGAAGCAGUGGGAAAGAAAUUACAUGAAUAUAACACUCAGUUCCAAGAAAAGAGUCGAGAAUAUGACAGACUCUAUGAAGAUUAUACCAGAACAUCUCAGGAAAUUCAAAUGAAAAGAACAGCUAUUGAAGCAUUUAAUGAAACAAUAAAAAUAUUUGAAGAGCAGUGCCAGACACAAGAAAGAUACAGCAAAGAGUAUAUUGAAAAGUUUAAACGGGAAGGAAAUGAAAAAGAAAUUCAAAGAAUAAUGCAUAACUAUGAGAAGUUGAAGUCUCGAAUAAGUGAAAUUGUGGACAGCAGACGUAGACUAGAAGAGGAUUUAAAGAAGCAAGCAGCUGAAUAUAGAGAGAUUGAUAAACGUAUGAACAGUAUUAAACCAGACCUUAUACAGCUGAGAAAGACAAGAGACCAGUACUUGAUGUGGUUGACUCAAAAAGGUGUUCGGCAAAAGAAGUUAAAUGAAUGGCUGGGCAAUGAAAAUACAGAAGACCAAUACUCUAUGGUGGAAGAUGAUGAGGAUUUGCCCCAUCAUGACGAGCGAACAUGGAAUGUGGGAAAUAUCAACAGAAGCCAAGCUGAAAAUCUGCUGCGGGGAAAACGGGAUGGAACGUUCCUUGUUCGGGAGAGCAGCAAACCGGGCUGCUAUGCCUGCUCUGUUGUGGUGGAUGGAGAAGUAAAGCACUGUGUCAUAAACAAAACUCCUACUGGGUAUGGAUUUGCAGAGCCAUAUAACUUGUACAGCUCUCUUAAAGAACUGGUGCUACAUUACCAACACACAUCACUCGUGCAGCACAAUGACUCUCUCAAUGUCACACUAGCCUACCCAGUAUAUGCACAGCAGAGACGAUGAAGACCUUAAUGCUCUGUUUUAAAACAAAAAAAUCAACAACACUGAGGCCUCUGGAGAGAGAAGGUUCCUUUCAGCCUGAUUUGUGAAUUUCAGCUGCAGUAUCAAAGCUGUCUGUCUUCAGAUGGGACUAGAGCUUUCUUGACAACUGCAGUGGGAGAGAUCACAGUAUUAAGCUGUGAAUGUAUGUUUCUAAUCUAAAGUGCUUUUUUAUUGAGAAAAGAAAAACACAACAAGAGAGGGAAAUGCUAUACCUAUCUCCCUGCAGGAACAUAGAGGCCUUUAACCAUGGUGCUUGUUUACGAUCUCUUUGAAGCUUUACCAGCUAGAAUGUGGGAUUCUGCAGACCCAAGGGGCAACAGGUCUGUGUAAUUCUGUUAAUGGAAUUUCUCAGUCAUGGCGAGGUUCAGAUUUGGUGUUGCUGUACUCAGUGGAUCCAGGCACAGAGCAUUGUGGAUUUUCGUUUCCUGAUGAAUGAUAUGUAGCAGAAUGGCACUUUCACUUAUAAGGGACACUUUAAAAAGACUUCGGUUACAGUAUGUUGUUCAGAGGAAAUGAUGUAGUAGCAAAGUGCCAGGAAGUGUUUUGUUUAGACGUUUAAAAUCCCGUGUUAAGAACAUAUUUAAGACUGAAGAGAAUGGGACUUUCAAUGGCAUACGGUAUAUAAAAAUGUACAUAGUGGAUGACUAACGAUCAUCAAUGGAAACUAUCAAUACCAAACUGCUUCUAUUUUCUCGUUUCUGUUUGCUGAAAGCUGAAUCCUUAGACAGUGCUAUGCAAUACUGAAUUUUCUUUUGGUUGUAUUUCUUUUUCAAGUAUACCUACAGGAUAAGCUUUUUUCUGUUUUUUGUUGCCUGAAAAUGUUUUUCCUGAGUAUUAUUUUUUGUUAAUAUUCAUUUUGUUGUUCGGAGUUUUUUGUUUUGUUUUGUUUUUUUAAGAAAUGUACAGGAUGCCAGUAAAAGUUGGCUUCAGAAUUAAAACUAUGAAUAUUUUACAGUUUUCCUUGUAUAGAAGGUUUAAAAAGUUUUUGUGGGUUUUUUUGGUUUUUUUUUUUUUUUUUACUAAAUAUUUUGUUGGGCAGUGCCUGAUAAGCUUCAAAGCUGCUUUAUUCAAUAAAAAUAUAUGAGCAUUACAAAGUAUCACUGAGUCUAACAAUAUUGUUUCAAGGAUAUCUUUAGAAUAUGGUACCACGCUAUAUUUGCUUCUUAAAGCCUUUUGAACUUCUGUCCUGAUUGUCUUUGUAUUUGGAAGGGAAAAAAAAAUGUGCAUCCUCUUCUGAAUGUUACUGUGGAAGAACAAAUGAAAAACUGGAUACAAUAGUAGUCAGUUUGGAUUUCAAGUUCAAUCCACAUAGUAAAUCCAUCGUAAAAAGUAAAUCCAGCAUCUUGACCGACCAUGGUAGACUUUUUGUCAGCAUGUCAAGAUACCUUUCAUUUCAUAUGAAGGAAGAUUCUCUAAAAUGUUUGGUUUUUGUAUUACUAGAAAAAGACCCCCAAGUUUGUUCUGAACAAUAGAGUACAAGAUAGAGUAAAUUCAGAUGGGAAAACCUUGCUUUUUUAACAUUACAAUUUCCAUAACACACUUUUGUUAUUUUCACAAACUUAUUUACUGAAAGGUAAUGUCAUCUAAAAGAACAAAUUUAAAAUUCCAGGUACCAAAGAGUUACAGGAUUUCUAUUAGUUAAAGAAACAAAGGAUGUCAGUGUCCCAUUUACCAAAAUUGUAAAGGAUUAUUCAUUGUGGGUUUCUGACAUGGUUAUCCACUCACAACAGUGGAUAAAUUCAUGCUGCUACUUCACGUUUUGUGGAUUAAUAGGGCAAUGAUGUCUAAGAGGAAUCUUAAAGAUUUUUUAGUCCAGCUGAGAUAUGAAUUGGUUUUUCCUUGAACUACAAGUGGAACAGCCUUUAUUGUUAAAGGGAGCUAGUUGCAUGCACAAUGGCAGGAAUAAAUCCCAUUGAGUUCUCCGACUAUUGCCCCCCUUUAAAAAAUGUACAUCUCUUAAAACAAAGUAUUAAGUACUUAUUUAGAAAUUUUUACCUUUUAGAAAUACUGUUAGGCAAUUAGUUUGUCACCUGUGGUUUAUUUCUACAUUACCUCUUCAUUUCUGAUGCUGUGAGGUUUUUGUUUUUAUUUUGUUUUUGGUUUUUUAGCCUGUUGACUUUGCUUUUCUGUGGAAUGUAUUUUAUCUUACCAGAACCUAAUCUUUCACAUAUCAGGGAGCAAAGCUCAACCAUCAUUAAUGUCUCAGGACAAUUACAAUUUCAAAAUCAUGCUGAACUUUUUUCCAGUUAUACAAGCCUACAAGUUCAUCUCUCCUUCCCAGGCAGACUUCUCAGAGUGAGACAAUCUAAAUUUGUUUUUUGUAAUGCCUUUCCUUUACUUCACCAAUAAUUCUGCUUUAAAUGUCAUUCAACAGAGCUCGAAAUUCAAAUCCAUCCAGUACACAGCAGUUAAGCAACCUUCAUACUAUGUCAAAAUAUCCUUGUAAGGAUAAACAAAAAUUAAAAAUGUUGGAGGAAAAGUAUUACAAUUAUUUUCUUUAGGCAAAAUGUAUAUAGCCUGGAUUGAUGUAUCACUUAAAACACUUUUCAGGAAAGGAUGUAGUUAGACCUGGGGUUCUCAGACAUUUUUAGUGGUGACCCCUUUCACACAGCAAGCCUCUGAGUGCGACCCCCCCCUUAUACAUUAAAAACACUUUUUUAUAUAUUUAACACCAUUAUAAAUGCUGGAGGCAAAGUGGGGCUUGGGGUGGAGGCUGACAGCUCGCGACCCCCAGUUUGAGAACCCCUGGGUUAGACAUUUAGGACCUGACUUUCCUCUCAUGUCCACAGAAGUCAGUGGGCCUAGUUCUCAGCUGGGAUCCAUUGGGUUGCUCCAUUGCCUUCAGUGGUGCUAGGCCGAUUUACACUACCUGAGGAUCUGUGCUUAUGGUGGAGAAAAACUAGUAUAUGUGAGAAUCAGGCCCCUGUCUUCUCUUGCACAAACAAGGACAAACAAGCACAAAGCUAAGAAGAUUUUUUCAUUAAGGCAUCUUAAGGUGAAAUUUAGCCUGCACAAGGUCUAUGCACUACUUAAGGAUCAUUUAAACCCUCAAAAUAGGGCUUUAGUUGGUUUGAUGUGGUGCCUAGUCCAUGUGUGGACUCUGCAAAGUGAGUUGUAUAGUACUGCAGCUUUGUCAAACACCCUUUUUGAUUGCUGAGGUUUAUGUCUUUAAUAUAUUGUAUGAUCCACUCACUUUGGUUGAACUAAACCAGCUUUAAUAUACCUGGAAACUCAAACUUCAUAUGAACAUGAAACAAAGAUAUGUUGAUGUAACUGAAGAAACAUGGUGCUUUUAAUGUAAUUUAGCGGAAUUUUUUCCAUCUAAUAUGAUUAAAGUGUUUGAAUACUUAAGUCUCUGAGUUGCCGCAGUACUUUUUACAAGGCUGCUGAAAGGUAGAUGUACAUGUGACCACAAGAAAAGUGAGAGAAAGCAAAUUAUUGUUUCUUUAAACUGAAGCUUAGAUUUCGUGUGUGGGUGUGAAUGGAUCAUAAGCUAGAUGCACCUUUCACCAAACAGUGUCAUUUUCUCAUUCAAGCACAUGCUGUCACUCAUUUCUUUGUUUAAAAAUAAAUACACACACACACAAACCCUUUUAGGUGAAAGUUGUUUCCAAAUAAAGUGAGAAGAUUGUGUAGUUCUGUUUUUAAAAACAACUCAUCUGGAUGGUUCACUUAUCUAUCAAAAAAUCUGUAAAGCCAAAUCUUCUGUUUAACGCCAGCUGUUCUGUAGAAAAGGAGUGGCUUUGUCUUGUAAUUGGCAAUGAACUAUAAUGCUUGGGAAAUCCUUCUGAUGCUUCUAAUUGGGAAAACUUCUGCCAGUUAUAACACAGUGCUUUUGCUAUGCAUGGUAUUCAGUUGGGAAAGUGAAUCCUGAUAUUAUUUUUCUUCGGGGUCACUUUAGAAAUGGGCAGCUCAACGCACAAUGCCUCCCAUGGGACAAGGUUCCAAAAUGCAACAUUCUGUACAAAAAAAAAUAUGAACUAUUACUAUCAUAGAAGGCCAAACUGGACUGGUGUGUGAGUUGAUAGUUACAUUGCACUUGUCCCUAUGAGACUGCAUUAGCUGCCCACGAUGCUGCUAUUUUUUGUAUUCUUGUUUUAAAAAAUAAAGCUCUGUUCUGUUAAAUGUCUUUAAAACAUUAAAAUGACUUUGUUUAAAAAAUGGUUUUGGAGGAGAUGGAAGGUAGGAUGGGUUGUAAAUUGCCUUUACAAGGCAAUAAUAAAAAUGUGCCUCCUUGAAAUUUUGUUCAAGCUAUAGAUUUGAUGGAGCUGUGUCUUGUUUUUAAGUUGCUUUAAAAAUUGUACUAGGUCUUCAAACAGAAUAAAGAUUGUUUUGAAACUGCA